AUGGCUCAAGAUCAGGCUGCAUUCUGGUCACUCUCCACGGCCGCCGCCGCGGAGAGCAUGCUCGUCCCCCGCCACAGCAACUACUCUGCUGAGCAUGGCAACGGGCCUAGCACCGAGUCAAUCAUCGGUGUCGAUGGCCGAAUGAAAGUCUACCAUCAGGACUACCAGGACGGCGGCCCGUUCCGGUCGGUUGUCAAGAUUCAGGCCCGUUUCGGCAAAGUCUGGAUGAUGGCCUCCGGCUGGCUGAUCGAGCCCAACCUCGUCAUCACUGCUGGCCACGUCAUCUACGACUGGAGCCAGAAUCUCGGCCAGACGGAUGAGGUCAGGUGCUACAUCGGCUACCAUGGCCGCGCCUCCAUCCCCACGAGCUCGGAUGACAACUCCAAGGUCCCCUCGCCCGUGCAGUGCCGGGUUGGAGCCAAGGUCGUCACCACCGCCCAGUGGGUCACGAACAACGAUGAGCGAACCCGCACCAAGGAUGUCGCCUUCAUUCAGCUGGACAAACCCUUCAUUGGAAACCUGAACCUGUUCAAGUACGUCAACACGACGCCUGUCUCCGGCAACGAAGUGAUUCUCGGCGUCGUGGGAUAUCCCGGCGACAAGAGCCUCGGCAGCGAGGGCGGCGCCGAGAUGUACGAGCAGUUCUUGCCCACCGACUACAACAUCGCGACCAACAAGAACCACAUGAUCGAGUAUCAGAUUUCCACCUUUGGUGGCCAGUCGGGCGCGCCCAUCAUCAGCCGCGAGGACGGGCUGGUCAUCGGCACUCACUGCUAUGGCGGCGGCGGCCCAGACGGCAACUCGGGUAACGCCAUCGGAGGGAAGUACGGCAACAACUACAACUCCUUCAUCGAUGUGUUCUCCAGGCAAAUCGCGGCCAGCAAAGGCAAGUUUGUCCUGGUGCCACUCAAAACAGCGGCGCCCAAUGGAAACGGCGGCAAUGGCAGCAACGGGAACCACAACGGAGAGAGUUAUCUGUCGGGCGGCGAUGGCACCGAAUCCAUCUUCGACAUCAUCGGGAGCAUUGCCGGCGUGGCGUCGUCUGUGCUACCGAUCGCUGGCUCCAUGCUUGGAGGCCCGGUUGGAGGCGCCAUUGGCAGCCUGGCCGGCAGUAUUCUCGGAUCACUGACCGGUGGUGCCGAGAGCAUGGAGGACGACUCCCUCAGCGGGCCGGCCAGCAAUGCGGCUCCGGAUCGCGCCGUCCUUGCCGAAGCCGCCCUCCAGACCGUCAUGGCCCUCCAGGGAAGCCCCCAGGCGGAUUACAUCAUUGACCACAUCAAGCAGACCUGCCAGGAUAGCGUUCCAGACGUCGACAAGCUGGCGGAUAGCCUCAGUCCCAUCCUCACCAAGCACGUGGCCCAGAUGACCGUGCGGGCCAUGAACCAGAACAACGUCAUCACCCACCCCCCGACCGAGGCCGUGGAGGACAGACGGCCCCUCAAGGUUUCCAGCACUGAAUCCGGGAUGAGCGACUUCAAGGGCAAGGCUCUCUACGAGUGCCUCAUCACCCCCACCAUUCCCGUCGCGGGCGAGGAGGGCUUCAUUGACGGCCUCGGCUCCCUCAUCUCCAAGGGCAUCCAGAUCGCGAAGCCCAUCGCCACGCAGGUGGCCAAGUCGGCCAUCGAGAAGUACGGGCCCAAGGUCAUCUCCGCCAUCGUCGGCAAGAUCGGGGGCGCCGAGUCCACGGUCGACGACGGCGACAUGCUCAACAAGGGCGCCGUCAAGAUCCUGCUCAACCGGGCCUUCGUCGCCGACGCCUCGCUGCAGGCGCUGUCGUCGCUCAGCAAGUCGGACCUGCAGAAGCUCAAGCUCGACCCCCAGGUCGCCGAAGAGCACGGCCUGCACGAGGAGGGCGUCUGGGACUUCUUCAAGACGGCCGCCCAGACCAUCGGGCCCCUCGCGCUCCAGGCCGGCAAGGUCCUCGCCCCGAUCGUGCUCGGCGCCGUCAAGGACAAGAUCGUGGGCGGCAAAAGCGAGUCGGCCGUCGGCGGCACGAGCGGCGGCGGCCGCUCCGGCCAGCACCUCUCGGUGCGCGACAGGCUGGGCAACGCCCGCAAGCGGUCCAUGCCUAGGCUCAACAGCGUCUUCAACCAAGUAAGCGAACCCGGAUCCCACACUGAACAGGCGGAGGAGUACAGCGGCUCCGGCGGCGACCGGCACUCUUACUCAAGGGCGAGGUCCAUCGACCGCAACCCGGAUGGCCUCCUUCGCUCGCAAACGCCCCCGCCCCUUGUGUACGAGUAG